UAUUCGGCUUUGAAGCCGCUCGGGUUGCCAAAAGAACAGUUAGCCAGCAAUUCUCCGGAGAAUCGAAUGGAAACGAUUCUUCUGGGAAACGAACUCGUGACCGCCCACGUGUCCUACGUUCAACUCUAACUUAUAAGAACUCUAUCACCAUUUGUGUGUUUUUUCUGUGCGCCAAAUAGGCAAACGUUUUGAGUUUCAGAGAAAAUUAGAUGUUCGUAAAAAAUUAGCUUUAACAUUUUCCGACAGUGUACUUGAGUGCUUGUGUUUGUGCCACCGAGUGUCUGUGUGAUUGCCAAUGUUUUUUGUGGCCUGCAGCUUCAAUUUCUUGAGGGAAAAUCACAACGACUUCUGGGGACCCCCAAAAAGGCAGACGUCAGUCGUAACCGUACUCUUUGCUAGUGCGCCCAAACCCCGGAGAGCCAAAGAACCGAAGACCCCAAAGAAUUGGAAGAGGAACUCGGUGGAACCACAAAGGCAACAUGUUGCACAUGCACUCGCCAAAAGCAAUUUGCAUACAAAUGUUGCCAACGCACUUCAAAAACUGCACAAUCACAGGGGUUUUUUUUGGCGGGGGGUUGGUGCAGCGGAAAAGGGUAAAAGCCGCUUCAUAAUUUGAUAUUAAACAUGCACGCGUGUCUCCUUCUCUUUUUCUCCCAUGUGUGCAACUUGUAAAUUUGCAAAUUGCUAAAACGCAUGACAGGAACAAAGGGCGAGGAUCUUAAUGGCGGGGAAACUGGGGGGCAGACUAUCGGGCAGCUGUGUGAAUUUGCAUUUACAUCAAGGAACCGCAGGACAGGAAAAGAACUGCAAAAACUUACCCAAAAUUCAGUCUCACAAGAAAACUGAAUAAAAAAAAGUGCAGUUUGCUCAAUUGACUUUCAAUUGCAAAAUAAACAAAAUGCAUUGGGAAAAAUAGUAGAGCACAAGGCGAAAAGAAAUUCUCAAUUUGGUCCCUCGAUGCGGAUUAUUUAGAAUUUUAUGUUUAAUAGAACAAACUGUUUAUAUUUAAUAGACUGCUAUAUUUUAGCCCGUUUCUUUCAGUGUCUCUUUGAAUAAAAAAGGCAAGCCCAAAUGAAUUUAUUUUCAAUUUUAUUUUCAAUCUGCUUUGUGUCCGUCAUAUGAUUGACAUGGUCGAUUGAACUGGCAAACGAGUGAGGGAGUGGAACGAUACACAUAUCGUUUAUUUUUGGCAGCAAGUGUUUGCGUUCGAUUUGCAGUUUUGUUAAUACUGCACUCGAAAAUACCCGAGACACCUUCUCAAACUCAACCAAAAAUGCGAGGGCUCUUGAAACCAAAAUCUCCGGAGUCUUAAUAAGCUGGUUGCAAAAAAAAAAGAAGUACACACUUUUUAUAUCAGAUCUGUACACGCAAUUGAAUGUACCAUACUCUUAUUUUGGUCUGCACAUAUAAAUCAUAUUUAUGAGACAUUUCCCCAGCAGGGAAAAUACGAAAUGGAAAAAAAAAAACAUAUGAAUGUUAAAUAGGCACGCAACGUGCGAAAGGGAUGGCCACAAAAUGCGUCACUCCCCCCAAAUCGCCUGACUUUUCCUUAACGAAGGAAAACAAUAAUCAAUAAGUAAUACAACUGGGAAACUCACCCCCGCCGACUUAGUCGUAUUUCCUCCCUCUCGCUCAUAUGUGUUACAAUUUUUGUUGCCCACAGCCUGGGUAGUUCAUAACUUUUCCCUCAUGUGUGUGUGUGUGUGUGUCUGUGGUGGUUUUCCUUGGUUCUUGGCCAGGACUUCAGGCGUUUGACAGCCAUGUUUGUCCUUCACACACACACACACCCACACAUGAUUGUAGGCGUCUCCUUGUGGCGGCACCCCCAAAAAAAAGCAGGAAAAAAGGAAAAGUGUGGCGGAAAAGUGUGCCACAAACUUUUCGCCCGAAAAAAGUUUGUCUGCUGACACAGAUCUGUGUGUAAAUGAGCGAGAUAACAAACAUUCGCAAAUUUUCCAGACAAUACCUCUUUUUUGCACUCUAAUCGUACACAUAAAAAAAAUUUAAUUGCUUUAGCUAAGU